AUGACUAGAGGCCGGGGUUACUACGAUCCUGGCGACGAUUCUUUUGGUUCAAACUCCAGGAGGAAUAAUGACUACUGGUACGUACCUAACGAUUCUGGGAACAGAAAUGGCGGAUACGGCUAUAAAAACCAGACACAUGGGCGAAACGCCGCUGGUUCUUCCAACAGGUCCCGUUUCGGCGAACACAACAAGGAAACAAACAAUAUAGUUUGCAAACACUACGCUUUGUUCAAUCAGUGUAGAUUUGGAGCCAAGUGCUCGUACCUCCACUCCCUGAAGAGGGUGAUCAACAUGAACGACGUCUUCAGGGGCGGCGUGUACUGUUCCACUGCCAGCAUCACUAACGAUAACUCCCUGGAGCUUUUCGUCUGCGGCAACGGGAGCAACGUAAAGCGCUUCAAGCUGUUCAGCAACAGCUCCAACGAGAUUCAAACCACCACUCUGGCGAGCAUCAACAUUCAGAUGCCCUCUGGCCACUCACAGUUAAAUCAGGGCUCGCGGUCUAGGUCUAAGGGUUACGGCUCUGACCAGAGUAUCUACAGUCUAUUUUUCAUGGACGACUGCCUCUUCGUUGGCCUUAAGACUGGCCACAUUUGCGUUCACCACUUACCCAGUAGCACUUCCACCAUGUUAGAGGGCCACGACAGCCCCGUAAAUUGUAUAACAGUUAUUGAGUCGAUCGUUUUAUCAGUUUGUGAGUCCGGGAAGGUGAAUUUAUGGAAGUUCGACCCAGGCUCAGGCGCCUUUACCUGCGUAAACAGCCUCAUUCUCAAUUCGCGAGUCACCUGUCUCUUGGAGGUGACUUGCGACGCGACUAAUCCCGCGGCUGCCAACCAGCCCGCCAGGUUACUCUGGAGCGGGGGAGCAGUCAUAAACGUCAUAGAUCUGUCAUCUUUAUCGAUCAUAAAGACGAUUCAGCUUCCCAAAAACAUAUCGGUUAAGUGUUUCAUGAGGUACGGAGCACAUGUUAUCGUUGGAUUCACCAACGGGUACAUAAAGGUUUUCACAGUGGUGGGAGAAGAGGUUUUCAUUACGGACUCUGAGGUUGACUACAUAACCUCCAUGGACGGGAUGCAGACCUCCGAAGGCGACGUUCUCCUUGUCGGCGGCAGGUCGGGGCACCUGUGCGUAUUCCAUCUGCCCUCAUUUAGCCUGCAGCACGUGCUUCUUUGCCAUCCUGACGGCUACAAGAGGUCUGGAAUAAGCAAAAUUCAUCCCAUUGGCACUCAACACGUACUUACGACCGGGUACGACGGCAACGUCUCAGUGUUCAUGUGGACCAACCUCGUCUGA